AUGAGAACUGAAGACUCUGCCAAGACGGACGCUGUUUCAACUACGAUGGACAUGCCUUGGGAGACAGAGAAGGGCAUUCGAAAAAUGGCCGAUUUGCUGCGUGGUCGCAAAGGUCUUCCUUCGCGUCACGCUGUGGAGCUUGGCAAACGUGUCGAGUAUUUUCGCGGUGACCGAUUGGCCACAUUUCUGCUCGCCAGUCCCAAGGUCAAAAAGUAUUUUCCAGAACUGAAGACAAAAGAGGACGCCUAUUCGGUAGGCCGUGAACUCUUGCAAAACAGCUAUAUUCAUCGUUCAGAUCGAGAUGGUCAAAACAAAAGGAUCCUGAAGCCCACACCCAAGCAAGACUUUUCACCUGAGGGGUACUUCACCUGGAUGUACGAGGGAUCCAAGACUAUCCGCAAUAUUAUGACAGCGCUUUUAAUUAUUGGUUUUUUAAUUAUCACCUGCUUUCCCAUCUGGCCGCAAUGGGCCAAGGUUGCGCUCUGGUACAUGUCCGUGACCUUUCUUAUCUUCGUUGCUAUUUUUGUGGUGGUGCGGCUUUUCAUUUUCUUUAUCCUUUGGAUGAUUGGUUAUGAAUACUGGCUGCUGCCCAAUAUUUUCGAUGACAAUUUGUCGGUGGCUGACUCGUUCGUUCCAUUGUAUUCGUUGCGUACCACGGAUUCAUCAGAACGUAUCUAUCGUGUUAUCGGCGUUGUAGCCUUCGCGUGCUUCUGCGUAUGGGUCUGGAACCAGCCUACGGACUUCGACGAGUACAUGGAGCUGACCAAACAGUUCACCGAUGAUAUUUAUAGCGGUAAACUAUUGAGUGACAUGUCUCAAAAGGAUCAGGACAACAUUGACGCCGUGAAGGUUCCUGAUCUCCAGGAUCUUCUCAAAGAAGAGGACGAAGACGACGACCAGGAUAAUAAGUUCACCGAAAUCAUGAAUGAGGAUGAGGAAGAUAGCACAAUAUUCUCUGAGGCAAUGGAAGAUGACAAGGAUGAAGUAGUCGACCGAGAUUUGUAG